AUGCACAUUGAGAUAUGGAAGCUUAAGAAGCUGAUCAAAUCUCUUGAAGCCGCUCGGGGAAUCGGAACAAGCAUGAUCACACUCAUCAUACCUCCUCGUGAUCAGAUCUCUCGUGUUACCAAGAUGUUGGUUGAUGAAUAUGGAACCGCGUCACACAUCAAGAGCAGAGUCAAUCGCCAAUCUGUUUUGGCCGCCAUAACUUAUGCGCAACAAAGGCUGCAACUUUACAACAAAGUCCCUCGCAAUGGUUUAGUGCUCUAUACCGGUACUGUUGUUAACGAGGAAGGCAGAGAAAAGAAGUUUACUACCGCCUUCGAGCCUUUUAGACCGAUAAACAGUAGUCUCUACCUCUGUGACAAUAAGUUUCACACCGAAGCUCUUUCGGAAUUGCUUGAGACUGACGAUAGGUUUGGUUUUAUUGUAAUUGACGGAAAAGGCACUUUCUUUGGAACUAUGUGUGGUAAUUCUCAUGGCGUGCUUCACAAGUUUACCGUUGAUCUUCCAAAAAAACACGGGAGAGGAGGACAAUUGGCCCUUCGGUUUGACCGUCUCCGUGUGGAAAAGGGCCACAAUUACUUGAGGAAAACAUCUGAGCUAGCCACACAGUUAUACACCAACCCUUCAACAAAUCAACCUAACGUUACUGGUCUAAUACUUGCUGGAGAAGACGGUUUUAAUGAGGCUAUCAAGCUGUCAUCUCAUAUUACGGCGGCUGUAAAGUUCGUUAAAGAGAAGUGUUUGCUAGAUAAGUACUUUAAAGAGAUAAACCAGGACACGGGGAAAUAUGUGAUGAAGAAUAGUUUGACAGGCGAAACUGUGAUAAAACAUUUGAACAAGGAAGAAGAAAGAGACGCAACGAAUAUCAAAGAAUUGGAUGUGAAGGAGAAGAUGCCAUUAAUAGAGUGGUUUGCUGAUGAAUACAAGCGUUUUGGUUGUGCGUUAGAGUUUGUAACCAACAAAUCACAAGAAGGGUAUAAGUUUUGCAAAGACCUUGGAGGGAUUGGAGGGAUACUUCGUUACAAGCUUGACAUGAGUGCCUUUGAUUCUGAGGAUGCAGAGGUUUCUGAUGAUGAUGGUUCUGAGGUUAGAGAGGUUUCUGAUUAUGAUGAUGAUUCUGGGUAG